AUGGGGGCGAAAUAUGGCAUCCCUGUCCCUUUUUACCGGAACUUCCAUGGGAAUUACUCCAAUGAUCUCUUGCUACUUGUCCCUCCGGUGCAAGCCUUUCAGCGCAACACAAGCGAGAAGAAGGAGAAGAUCAAGUGGCCUAAAGCCAACAACAAAGCAGUGUGGGAAGAGCUAGAUAGUGAUCUUAGCAACGUUCUGGAGCAAAGCCUGAAAGGGGAUGUAGAAAGGAAGUUGAACCACUUUGGAACUUUGGUGUAUAGCUUCUGCAGCGAGAGGUUUGGAACUCUAGUGAGCCAGGGGCGUGGUUCCAAUGUACAAGCUAGCACAGGAAGGAGGGAAAGAGAAAUUGCCAGACUAGUCCAGCGUAGACGUCAGCUAAGGAAACUAUGGAGGAAGGCAAGUCCCGACGAGAGGGUUGGCCUCCAUGCGCUAUGGGAGGAAGUAAGAUCCAGACUAAAGUCCUUAAGAAGAGCAGAAAGGUUGAGGAGGAAGCGUAAGAGAAAAGAGACACAAAGACGGCAGUUCUACAAGCACCCCUACAAAUUUGCCAGGUCCUUGUUAGAAGAGAAGAAGGGUGGGACAUUGUCUGUCGAGAAAGAAGACCUCGAGGCUCACCUGAGGGAAACUUACUCUGACCCGGAAAGAAGUAAGCCACUGAGCUCUCCCGGAUAUGUACCCAGGCCGCCUGAGCCUUCAAUCCCCAUGGACAUAUCCCAACCAAAGUGGAGUGAGCUGUCUGCAGCAGUACGCAGAGCAAGAGCAGCAGCAGCUCCUGGACCGAAUGGAGUUCCUUAUAGAGUUUACAAAAUGUGCCCAAAGACUCUGUACCUUCUAUGGAAGCUCAUGAGGGUGGCAUGGAGAAAGCAUUGUAUUCCAGUCUCAUGGAGAAGAGCAGGUGGGGUCCUGAUACCCAAGGAAAAGGUGUCAACAACCAUCAACCAGUUUCGUAACAUUUCAUUGCUGAAUGUGGAAGGCAAACUGUUCUUCACUGUAUUGGCUAAAAGACUCACAAGCUACCUGAUCAGCAACAGGCUCAUCGAUACAGAAGUGCAAAAAGCAGGAAUCCCUGGUUUUCCAGGAUGCAUAGAACACGCAAACACAAUUUGGAGUCAAAUUCAGUCCGCCAGGAAACAGAAGGAAGAUCUCCAUGUUGUAUGGCUUGAUCUUGCCAAUGCCUACGGUUCCCUACCCCAUAAGGUCAUUCAGUAUGCCUUGAACUUCUUCCAUGUUCCAGGGGAAGUAAAGGGGAUGAUUAACAACUAUUUUGCGGACUUCAAACUCAGCAUCAGCACAAGGAACUUCACAACCGAAUGGCAGAGACUGGAAAAGGGAAUAGCGAUGGGCUGCUCAAUAUCCCCCCUGCUAUUCACCAUGGGGUUUGAGAUCCUGUUGAUUGGAGCCAAGCAAGUGGUGGGGGGUGUGAGAGCACCAUCAGGAGAGAAGAUGCCACCAUUGCGAGCAUUCAUGGACGAUGUUACGAGCAUCCUCCGAACAGCACCAUGUACCAACCGGGUUUUACUCAGACUGGAAGAGCUCACAGCAUGGGCAGGCAUGCAGUUCAAGCCAUCCAAAUCAAGAAGCCUAUCCCUCAGGAAGGGAAAGCUCAGCGGUAGGACCUUCUCCGUCAAUGGCCAACAUAUUCCUACCAUCCAAGAAGAGUCAGUCAAAAGUCUGGGCCGCCUGUACACAAGUAAUCUGAAUGACAAAGGAAGGGGGCAGGAAGUAUUAGAGCAAGCCUGCAAUGGUCUCCAACAGAUAGACAAGAGUGAGCUCCCAGGCAGACUGAAAAUGUGGUGUGUUCAAUUUAUGCUGUUUCCAAGGCUCAAGUGGCCACUCAAGAUGUACAACAUUUCUGUGUCAACAGUUGACCAGAUCGACAGAAAGGCCAACGCCUACUUCCGACGGUGGUUAGGUGUGCCGAGAUGUCUCUCAUCUGUCGCUCUGUAUGGCAAGAACAAGCUCAACCUUCCUUUCUCGUCAAUUGCAGAAGACUUCAAGUUAGAAAAGGUCCGACUGGUGUUGGAAUUGGAGGGCUCUCAGGACUCUUCAGUGAGAGCAGCAAACCAAGGCCUUAGCACUGGAAAGAAAUGGAGUGCAAGUACCUCCAUUAGUCAAGCCAUCAGUAGACAACAACACAAAGACCUGGUGGGAUCAGUCCAAGUGGGGCGAGCAGGUUUUGGCUGGGGCAAGAGAGACCAAAGGUGGAAAAGUGCGAACCCCAGUGAAAGGAGACAGUUGGUUAUCCAAGAGGUUAAGAGGAUGGAGGAGGAGAGGCGGAGAGUAACAGCAGUCGGCCAGAGCCAACAGGGAGCCUGGCUCAACUGGGAAGGCGCAGUGGAGAGGAGGCUCACGUGGAGCGAUCUGUGGAGCAUGCAGAAUGCUAGGUUGAGUUUCCUCCUCCGCUCAGUGUAUGAUGUCCUCCCCAGCCCCUACAACCUCACCCGCUGGUAUAAAAACGAGGAGUCUUGUCAACUGUGCGGCCAAGCCCAAGCUGACCUGAAACACAUUCUAUCUAACUGCAAAAUUGCCUUACAACAGGGUCGUUACACAUGGAGGCAUAACAAGGUGCUCAGGCUAAUUGCAGUGAUGCUGGAGGAGGUGAGGAAGAAAGCCAAAGGUGCUACUGCACGAACACAACCAAUCCAGUUUGUAAGGGAGGGCCAGAAGCCCAAAUCAGCAGACAGCAACAACAUCAACACUGGCGGCGGCCCACUGAGUAGAGGGAAAUGGGAAAUGGCAGUAGAUCUUGAUAGACAACUCCGUUUUCCAAGUACAAUUUGUGUCACACAGUUGAGACCCGAUCUGGUUCUGUGGUCAGAGGACCAGAAGUCUGUGCUGAUUAUAGAACUUACCGUUCCAUGGGAAGAGAAUAUUCAAGAGGCCUACGAGAGGAAGAAACUAAAAUACGAAGAGUUAGCUGAUCAAUGUAAACAACAAGGGUGGAGAAGCAGAGUCUACCCAGUCGAGGUCGGAACCAGAGGGUUUGCAGGAACAUCCCUCCUACGCUUGUGUAGGGAUCUACAGAUACAGGGGAAGAUACAGUCUCAGUUUGUCAGGCAGGUGACUGAAGAGGCAGAAAGAAGCAGCUUUGUCCUGUGGAUCAAAAGGAAGGACAAGUGUUGGAAGAAAGCCGCCUAG